GCUUUUUCCCAGGACCUUGGGCUUUGUGGGGCAAACCCAGCCAUUUCUUGCCAGUUUUGGAACUGAAGCCCCUGAAAUGACAUUGGAGAAAAGCAGUUGUGAUCAGUCCGUGAUCCUGUGGAGGAAGGCACAGUCCUUAAAAGGGUAUACAUAAUUAUAGAGCCCAGAGAGCCAGUAUUCAAGUUCUGAGUAAAAACCCUAUGCAGGAGAAAGGGGGACAUGGAGGGCAGAAGUUUGAACUAUAAUUAGUGCUAAGAGUAACAUAGCUGGGAGAGGGAGGGGAGUACAGCCGGCAACUAUUUUGAGCACAGCUCCGAUUGACGGGACACGUGUGCUGGACUGUACUGAUCCCAGGGCCAAGUUGCCUGCCUGUGGUGUGUGGUGUGUGGUGUGGGGGGGAGGCCUGGGGCAGCAGGAGCAGGACAGCCGGACAAGCAGGCCGGACGGGGUACCAGCACCUUGACUUCUCUCCCUGGGACAUUGUCCAAACUCCGGAGGCCAUAAGCCAAGCUGAGUGAUGGGUGCUGAGGAAGAGGUGCUGGUCACACUAUCAGGGGGAGCCCCCUGGGGCUUCCGACUUCAAGGGGGGGCCGAGCAGAGGAAACCCUUACAGGUGUCCAAGAUUCGAAGACGGAGCCAGGCUGGCAGAGCAGGACUCCGAGAGAGGGACCAGCUCUUGGCAAUCAAUGGGGUCUCUUGCACCAGCUUUUCUCACGCCAGUGCCAUGAGCCUCAUUGAUGCCUCAGGGAAUCAGCUUGUCCUCAGCGUACGGAGGGUAGCAGAUGAGGGGCCUGUACGAUCUCCAUCCCCUGGUGAGCUUCAGGUACUAUCACCUUUAUCUCCGCUGAGUCCUGAGCCUCCUGGUGCUCCAGUUUCCCAGCCUCUCCAGCCUGGAAGUCUUCGCUCACCUCCUGACAGUGAAGCUUACUAUGGAGAGACAGACAGUGAUGCUGAUGGCCCUGCCACCCACGAGAAGCCCCGCCGAACCCGCCGCCGAGGCCCCACAAGGCCAACUCCUCCAGGAGCCCCACCGGAUGAGGUCUACCUGUCUGACAGCCCUGCAGAGCCAGCACCUGCCAUCCAUAGCCCUCCCAGCCAGGGUGACAGCCGUGUGAGCUCCCCAUCUUGGGAGGACAGGACAGCUCUUCAGCCACCCCCAGCUGAGGCCCUGUUGCUACCCCACGGCCCCCUCCGUCCUGGUCCACAUCUCAUUCCUAUGGUGGGACCUGUUCCCCAUCCUGUGGCAGAAGAUCUUACUACCACCUACACACAGAAGGCCAAGCAAGCCAAACUACAACGUGCAGAGAGUCUCCAAGAGAAGAGUGUGAAGGAGGCCAAGACCAAAUGCAGGACGAUUGCAUCUCUACUAACUGCAGCCCCCAACCCCCACUCCAAGGGCGUGCUGAUGUUUAAGAAACGGCGGCAGAGAGCCAAGAAGUAUACCCUAGUGAGCUUUGGAGCUGCGGCUGGGACAGGUGCGGAAGAGGAGGACGGCGUCCCCCCAACCAGCGAGUCCGAGCUGGACGAAGAGGCCUUCUCUGACGCCCGCAGUCUCACCAAUCAGUCGGACUGGGACAGCCCCUAUCUGGACAUGGAGCUGGCCAGGGUGGGCUCAGGAGCAGCAGAGGGCCACGGGCCCAGGCUGGGAGGGCAGCUGAGCGAGGUCUCUGGGCGAGGGGUCCAGCUCUUUGAACAGCAGCGCCAGCGCGCAGCCUCCAGCACCCAGGAGCAGGCUCCAGUUGGCCCAGCAGCCACGCUCAAUGGGCGGGGCCUGCAGUCACCCCCUCGGGCCCAGAGUGCUCCGCCGGAGGCGGCUGGGCUCUCAUCCAGUCCUUUGCUGGCCCCCGUGGCCAGCCCCAGCCCCUUCCUCCCUAGUGGUGGAGCUUCCAACCCAGCUCCAAGCAUCUUUAACCGGUCGGCCAGGCCCUUUACCCCCGGCUUACAAGGGCAGCGCCCUGGUACCACCUCGGUUAUUUUCCGGCCUCUAGCCCCCAAGAGGGCGAAUGAAAGCCUGGGAGGCCCGAGUCCCGCCCCACCCCCGUUUUUGUCCUCUUCGCAAGGGCCCAGCCCUCAGCCUAGCUUCACCUCAGGGGCUCCCAGCCACUUGCCAGCUUUGCAUUCCCCCAGCACCUCACGUUCCUCAGGCGCGGUUACGGCCACCAGCUCCCUCUACAUCCCAGCUCCCAGUCGGCCUGUCACCCCAGGUGGUACCCCAGAGUCCCCAGCUCCUUCUAGCGCAGCAGCCAUGACCUCCACCGCUUCUAUCUUCCUAUCCACGCCUCUGAGACCUUCUGCACAUCCAGAGGCGCCCGCCCCAGGCUCCGCGGCCCCUGAGUCACCCAGUGCUCGGGAGCAGCGCAUCUCUGUGCCAGCUGCCCGCACCGGCAUCCUACAGGAGGCCCGGCGCAGGGGGACACGGAAGCAGAUGUUUCGGCCGGGAAACGAAGAGCCGAAGAACUCGCCCAACCCCGAACUGCUGUCGUUGGUGCAGAACCUGGAUGAAAAGCCUCGGGCCGGGGGUGCUGAAUCCGGUCCUGAGGAGGAUGCUCUGAGCCUUGGAGCUGAAGCCUGUAAUUUCAUGCAGCCACCAGGGGGCAGGAGUUACAAGACCCUGUCUCAUGUGACACCUAAAACCCCACCUCCAAUGGCUCCCAAGACCCCACCUCCUAUAACCUCUAAGACUCCGCCCCCAGUGGCACCUAAGCCGGCAUCUCGAGGGUUCCUUGAUGGGUUAGUAAAUGGGGCAGCCCCUUCUGCUGGAAUCCCUGAGCUACCAAGGCUUCAGGGCAGGGGUGGGGAGCUGUUUGCCAAGCGGCAGAGCCGUGCGGACAGGUAUGUGGUGGAAGCUACACCUGGUCCUAGCUUUGGCCCUGGAGCCCGGCCAAGAAGUCCUUCUCCUACCCCUUCGCUGCCCCCUUCCUGGAAAUACUCACCUAACAUCCGUGCUCCACCUCCUAUUGCUUACAACCCACUGCUCUCACCCUUUUUCCCCCAGGCUGCCCGAACUCUCCCUAACAAGGCCCAAUCCCAGGGGCCUCGAGCAACCCCAAAGCAAGGCAUCAAGGCCCUAGAUUUCAUGCGACAUCAGCCCUACCAACUUAAAACUGCCAUGUUUUGUUUUGAUGAGGUUCCUCCAACUCCUGGCCCCACCUCCGCAGGGCCUCCCAAGACUGCCCGAGUCCAGGAGAUCCGCCGAUUUUCUACUCCGGCACCUCAGCCCACUACAGAGCCCCUGGCUCCCACUGUGCUUGCUCCCCGAGCUGCCACCACACUGGAUGAGCCUAUCUGGAGGGCAGAGCUGGCCUCAGCCCCUGUUCCUAGUCCUGCCUCUCCUCCGGAGUCUUCUAGGGGAGUUGGGGCCCCAAGCUCUUGCGGUUUCCAGGUAGCCAGGCCCCGAUUCUCUGCCACCAGAACAGGGUUGCAGGCUCAUGUGUGGAGGCCUGGGACAGGACACCAUUGAACACGGCACAGGUCCCAGGACCAAGGAGAGGUGGAACAUUCAGUUCUAAAAUUGCUUCUCCUACCCUAUCCCUGUCCCUUCUGUCGGGCACCUGAGUGUUAAAUUUCCUCCUGCCACAGAUAGUUUUGGAGUCCGUGUCCCAUUCCCUAGAUUCCUCUUCACUCCCCACUCCCUGCUGCUUUCCAAUCUACUAUCCCUGCUUUGGUAGCUUUGCUUCUCUUUGUCUCUCAAUUUAUAAUCAAGCCUCUCUGCCCAUACUCCUCCACAGGUCUCUUCAUAUUUGGCUUUACUCUGUGGGCCUGUUUUAAUGUUAAGCACACAGAGUAGAAGUUACCAUUGGGAACUGAGGCAACUGCAAAGGGACUGAACUGAGCCAUGUUUGCCCCUCCCUGCUCCUCACUCUGUUAUCCCAAGCUUGACUGGCAUGCACCUAGGCAUGUGUGUAUGUGCAACUGAGUGUGCGUAUGUACAAAUGUGCUCUUCUGUCUGAGGCGAGAGUUAAAGGGGAAGUCUGGAGACAGAUCUGAGUCUAUCCUUGUACUGAUAGCAGGAUCAGAUAUGCCCAUGUGGAGUCUAAAGGGGACAAAGAGAUUCACUAGAGAAUAAUUCUGAAAGAGACCAGAGUUUGCAGCAGGUGCACAGCAUCUUGCAAAACUGUUGGAGUCUGAGAAGACUGAAGGGGUCAGAUAGUUUUCAUGGGCUGAAUUAUACCAGCCAGACCAGGACUAAAACUAAAAAUUCUUCUAUUUCUUAGGAUUUCAGGGAGUUAGCAACUGGAGCAACCCAGUAACCAGGAAGUGAAAAAAAGAGAAAAUUUCCUCAGAGAAUGAACAAAUUAUUGGCUUCAUUGCCUCAUGAGCCCAAGACAGAAAGGAGGGAGAAGGGUGUGGAGAGUGAAGCAGAAACCAGAAGCAAGCAGAAAUGAGUGAAAGUGACUGAGCCACAGUGAGGAGCAUGGUAAGAGAGUCAGUACUGAUCGAAAGCAAAGCUGGAUAACAAGAAACCAGCAGAGUACGAGAGGGAGAUUGGGGAAAAACUGAGGUAUAAGGAUGUAUUAAGAGUGAAAGGGGGCAGUGGUGGAGGGAGGUAUAAGGGUGUGUGCUAAAUGUUGAAAGAACAGUUUGUGUCUGUGGGACCUCCUUUGAGUCUAUCCUCCAGAUUACCUUCUGAAGGUUGUCAUGACAAUCUGGCAAAAGGCAGGAAAACACCCAAAGCCAAAACCUCUUCGAUCCUACCCUGUCCCUCAAAAACCUAGCCCUUGUUGCUUUUUGGCUUCAAGUCCAGAUCUCUGCUCCUAGAGGGGUAUGGAUUCUCCUCUCAUCCAGACCACCACUAGCCACGUUUGCUAUAUGAUCUGGAAAGUGAUCAUUUCGUUUGCAUAUUGGGUGUGAGUCACAGUACUUUGCUUUGUGCACAAGAAUAAACGUAUGCCCCAUACGUUCUUUUGCUGUCUUCU